UUUAGUAACUAAUUAACUUAAAAAAAAGCUAUUUUAUAGUAAAAUGCCACCAAAUAAGAAGUUGAAGCUUACUCGAAAUAAGGCUGAAGUAUUUCUAGUAAAGAAAGUUAGAGAAAAUCGUUCAUGUUAUAAACUUCCUACUGGCAUAGAGGUUUUGCAAUACUACCUAUAUCUAAGAAACUUGAAUCCCAAAGUAAAGAAAACGGUUUUAAUUAGAUGUCAUUUCAAAAUUAAUUCAUUUGAGCUCAGAUGCCCUCCACAAGCUGACUGUUGUGUAAUGUCUAAAUUGGUAAGGCCAUGGAAUCUUGCAGGGAAUCUUGAUAAAAGCUUUACGUACACUAUUAAGAGGUCCCACAAAAAAUUGUGUUCCAUGUUAAACAUGGAGAUUAAAGUAAACAAUGGUAACAAUCUAUACAGUUUAGAAAACUCUUCAAGUAGUGAUAAUAAUUCUAACUGUGAAUAUGUAGCAGAUAUAAAAAAAGAACAAUCUACCUCUGUUGUUUUGUUACCAAAAAAUAUUUAAAAAAAACAGCUCUCACAGCAAUAGGUGAAGGACUUUCAGUUAGACAACACACUGCAAUAGUGGCAAGUGUUAUUGCUAAUUCAGGAGGUGAUGUUACUAAUUUUGCAAUAUCUUCUUCAACCGCAUUAAGAGUUGCAGAAGAAGUUGUAACUAAAGAGGGAGAAAAGAUUAAAAAGCACGUUACUGAUCUUGUUAAAUCUUCAUCAUUACCAAUUAUUCUCCAUUUUGAUGGAAAAAUAGUUAAGGAGUUCACAAGCGGAAUAGAACAUCAACUUGACAGACUUGCUGUUUCCAUCAGGAUAGAUGGACAGAGUGAGCUUCUUGGGGGUUCUUCAUUUGAGCUCUAGUACUGGAGAAACACAGAAGAAUACAAUCAUAAACUUCUUCAUCAAUUUGACAUUUUUGAUAAAUUACAAGGAUGCGUUUUUGAUACAACUUCUGUAAAUACUGGUAAUAAAAAGGGUGUUCAUUAGAUUAGCUGCAGAGCUUGAUAGACCACUACUUCUCCUAGCAUGUAGGCAUCACAUCUAUGAAAGGCAUAUUAUUCACUGCUGGAACAUUUAUCCAAGCAGUAAAAUAAAUGGUCCAGAUAAUCCAUUGUUUAAGAAGCUUAAAGAUGUAUGGAACUCAAUUGAUCAAAAUUCCAUUGUGUUAAACAAAGUAAAAAUUGAAGAUAUUUCUGAUAGCUGGCUGCAGGUACAGUUCAAAGAAGCCUUAUCUUUUUCUCAAAAUAUUAUCAGAAUGAAAACAAUGAAAAAGGAUGGAUGUAGGUCUGAUUAUCUAGAGUUAGUGGAAUUGACAACAAUGGUUUUAUCUGGUGAUGAACAGUACAGGCUAAGAAAACCUGGGCCUGUAUACCAUGCCAGAUUUAUGGCAAAGGGAAUAUACUUUCUGAAAAUGUAUCUCCUUCUAAACAACAUUUCUAGCUUGACAGAUUUUGAGAAGAAAGAAAUAAAUGAUAUGGCAUUCUUCACAGCUGUAUUUUACACUGAGUGGUUUAUAAAGGCUGAAAUUCCGGCUGUCGCUCCAUAUCAGGAUAUGGAAGCUCUUUGGCAGAUGAUGAGAUACUCAAAAAUCAAUCCUGUCCAGGCAAAACCUGUUAUAGAGUCUCUAAAGAGACACACCUGGUACAUAGACCCAAAUAUUUUAGUUAUGUCUCUUGUUGACAAAAAUGUACAAGAACGGAGUGACAUUGCCAAGAAGUUGUACUCAACCCCAAGACCUACAACUUAUGCCAUAGAAAGACAUCAAGUUAAUUUAAAUAUACUCAACUCCCUUAUGUUUAAUGAUGAUACUCCCCCAAGUUUGACCCCGCUUAUAACUGACCAGAGUUGGUUAAUUUUUCAUAUCUUAAACCAUGCAAAUGCUGAAUAACGGUGGCUUAAGACUCCAUCUGAGACAUGGGAUCUAAAUGACUAUUACUUAGAAUUCAAACAAUUUGUGAAUAAUCUUGAAGUAGUAAAUGACUGUAGUGAGAGGGCUAUAAAACUAGUUCAGAUAACUAUUUUAUAUGUUUGGUCCUUAAUGUUUAUGUUAAAAUCUUAAUUUAUUUUACAAGCUCAUUAGUUUUAAAUAUUCUUUAAUAGGAGUUGAUCAAUAAAUCGCAUAAUAAGGAUAAAAGACAAAGUACCUUCCUCGUAUCAAACAAAUAUAAGAGUGAAAGAACAAUUAAAAAAAAAUGUGAUUAUGUAAAGAUUUCUUUAUUUACAAAAUAAAUUUAUAAACAUGAACUAUGUUUGACAACUAAUUUCUUCAGAAACUAAUCAUAAAUAUGAUUUUAUUAUGUAAAUAUAAAUAUUUUAAUAC